AUGAACGUCGUAUCAGAAACUUACGGUAGUUUACUUUGCCCAAUAUUGUUAAAAUUAAUUCCAUCAGAGAUAACAUUAGAAUACAGUCGCAGUAGAAACAGUGACCAAACAUGGAACGUUAACGAAUUAAAGGAAUUUAUUCGUAAAGAAAUAGAAAGCCGCGAAAGAGCUACGCAGUUAAAUGAAAGUAGAGAAACAAAAACAAAACACCGAGCGGAAAUGAUUCAUAACUGGAGGCAUAAAUCAAACGAUCGUCUCCACUCAGCUCACGAUAAUGCAAACAACAAGCGCAGUAAACAGUUUGAAAGAAGUUCGCCUAAAACGUAUGAAUAUGCUGCUCCAGUCGCUAGCAGUAAAUGCAUAUAUUGUGACGAACUACACGAUUCGGAGCGCUGCGAAAUUAAAACCGUGGAGGAGAAAAGAAAUAUUUUAAAAUCUCAAGCCCGAUGUUUUUUGUGCCUAAAACUCAGCAUCAGCAAAAUUAAGCAUUGUAAGGAAAGAAAAAUGUGCGAAAUAUGUAAAGAAAAACACAAUAGGUCUAUUUGUUUCCAACUCGAAACCAAAUCGGAGGAAAAACGAGGGUCGUGUCGACAAUUCCAUCCAGUAAAGAAGAUGUUUCAGAUUAGUCAAUUAAAAACCGAAACUUUCCGCAGUGCAUUGCUACAAACGUGUACUGUGAUGAUACGUCCAUUUUCUGAGAAGGAUAAUUUAGAACCAGUUCGUAUUCUAUUAGACAAUGGAUCGAUGAGAAGUUUUAUAAUUCGGGACAUUUCAGAGAAGUGUAAAUUACCUGUUAUUCGAAAGGAGACUUUGUCCGUAUUUGCCUUUGGGGUUAACCAGGCAACAGAACAAACUUACAAUGUUGUGAAAGUUAAACUAGAAAACAGAAGUAAACCAUCCCUAAAUAUAGAAAUUGAAGCUUUAGAAACUAACCAAAUAUAUGCAACUAAUUUACCUUUCCCUGAUAUCCCAGUUUCCAAAAUUAACAAGGACAUAGUAGGACUACAAUUAGCUGAUUCUUAUGAAUUCUGUGACAAAAAUAUUGCUGUUUUGAUCGGAGCAGAUUACUAUCAUGAAGUAAUAACUAGUAGACUUAAACGUUUUAAAAAUAAACUUAUAUUUUCCGAAACAAUAUUUGGAUGGUGCCUUCAGGGCCGGACUGAUUCUAACGGUAAAUUGUUAAACAUGGACAUUAUUGUUGAUGACAAAUUGGUCUCAACACAGUUAAAGCAGUUUUGGGAAUUAGAAACAUUGGGAAUUGAACAAGGGAAGAUGGACUUGAUUCAAAAACUUAGAGCUAAUUUCUGGAACCGUUGGAGCGUGGAAUAUCUUACUCAUUUGCAGAACCGCUCAAAAUGGAAUCAAGUGAGGUCCAAUCUCAAGGCAGGACAACUAGUCUUGUUAAAGGAUAAAAACAAGACACCCAUGAAGUGGACUCUAGCUCGCAUCGAGAAAACCUUUCCUGGUCCAGAUGGACUAGUACGAGUCGUAGACGUCAGAACUUCAGAUGGAAUCUUUCGCCGAGCCGUCUCCAAUAUCAGUUCACUCCAAUUUCCAAAUGAUGUUGAACAAUUGUCCAACGGGGGCCGGGAUGUUCCAGUUUGA